AUGUCGGCAUACGCAUUGCAAACAAAGACAAUGCUACAACCUGUUCCAGACACGCAAACACAGCUGCUACGACUAGCCACCAAACAUGAAGAACCGAAGCCCCAGCUGCCCUCGAAACUCACCAGAGACUCUCUCUGCGGUCUCGGAGCCUUCAAUAAGCCUUUUACGAUUCGGCCGUAUUCCGGAUCACCGCACGCUAAGACAGUGACGUUCAAGCCCAUCCGGGUGGUUGGGCGUUCUCAACUACCUCUUACAUUCCUCGAUACCUCUACCGACGACGACUUCGCCCCAAACAGCCUCUUCGCCGCUCAUGUCGAUAUUUUGGAACAGGAUGAACUGGAAAAAGAAGAGGAUAGGGUUUUGAGGGUGCUUAUUGCACAGCUGGAGACGAAGAAGAGUUUAUACGCAAUAGAGCGGGUAAAGGCACGCAUCUACAGUAUUUGCAAACUGGCAAACUGGCUGAAAGAGAAGGAUGUUGCCGACUUGUGGGAUCCAGCAAAUUUGCAUCAACUUCCUAUAAGGACCAGGGUGGACACAAGCACAAGCACAUCUGGGGAAUGGUGGCAACAUGCGGCAGUAGAGACACAGGCCGUGGAGCCGUUGAUAGGACGCACCAGAAUGGGUAUGCUUAGACCAAAGCCCCCGCAAGUGCCUGCUGCAAUGGAUGUUCAGCAACUACAAGGAAUGGCAGCACCGCAGGGUAUGGACAGCCUGGAUAGCGUACCAACAGAGUCCCUGCUUGAGCCACCAGCACCACUGCCACCACAAGAACAGCUUGACUUACUCGUGCAACAAUAUCUGGAUGCAGUUUACAUGUCCAAAACAUCUCUUGCAUACUUUGCCAAAGGCCCCCUCACUCGAAUUCGGAAUGCCUUCACCUUGGCUGAAGAAGGCGCACCUCCUACCCAUGACCUUGUCGAAUCCCUACGAGCCAUGCUGCUGAGUCCCAAGGCCAGUGAGAAGAAGUAUUAUGGAAAAUUACCGUCAUUCAUUAGGGCCAUGGUGCCAGGGACCUAUUCGGAUGAUGAGACCAUGGCAGGAGCUAGCAAAGCAAAAAAGUCAAAGAAAAAGGCAAAGCUUAGUCGAGAUGGCGUCUAUCCACAAGAAGAGGUCCUGGUCAAGAGAUGGUGGCAGUCGGAGUUACCCAGUGGUGAUGCAAUGGCUACGGAGACUAUGGACCAGCGUAUCAAGAGGCGGAUUGGCGAUUUGCGAGUUCGUGAGACGCUAGCGCAACUAAUACUCAUGCUCGAGAUUAUCGCACUUGAAGCAAUGUCUACAAGCAAAGCUGGUGGCCAGCAGCUCACGAAAGAAGAGACGCAGGACCAAAGCGAGCAAUCUGCACCGAAGAAGCGCAAGAAGAAACUAGACGACAUCAACGUACAACUCGACUUGGCACUGGAUAAGCUUUGCAUAUGGCACGCUACCGAAGAACUGGGAAUUUUGGACUUUGAUGCUAAGCCCUCGCAGCAAAAUGAGGACGUGGAUGGCACUGGCCGCAAUGGAUCCAGUGAUCGCCUUCAUAGCUUUUGUGUGGAAGUCAUAAUACCUUUUUACAUCAACCGACUUCCUGAGCAGGCGCUAAUGGUUAACAAGAAGCUCGGUGGACCAGCGCACAGCCUGCCAGCCAAGCGAAAAGCAAACAAACCACCCCUCAGCUCACGUAGAUCAAGAGACUCCAAAGAACCGGAUACAAAGAAAUCCCGGCGAUCUCUGGCACGCGUGGCUACAGACAAUACAGGGAGGAUUGCCGAGCGGACGACGCCAUCUUUGGGCCGAUCGGCUACGGAUUCGGUGUUGGUCGAAGGCGUAAAAAGAGAAGCAAGCGAGACGCCUCUGUCUGCAAUUCCUUUUCGUCGCAGUCCGUCGAAGGGAGCAAGACAAUCCAUGUCGCAGAUUCGACACUUGCAGGGGCGUCAGAUUGAUCUGGCCGAGCCUUCGGCAGCUGCAUCAGCCAAGAUGAAGCAGAAGCAGCGAGUCGAGGAAGACCUGCAAGAGGCUAUCCUAGCCCUAAAGAGGCCGAAUCGGGGACUAGCUGCUGGCGGCUACGUUGCUGAGAAGGAGCAACGUGGUGUUGGGCAGCCGAGCAAAUCCAGGAAGCCAACGGUAACGGUCAGGAAGACGAUCAAGGAUGUCCAGGUAACGGCAACGCCACGAGUUAGUCGCAGGACGAAGAACAUGGUCGAGCAGACGCCUGUGCAGCAGCACUACGAUCCGUUUGUUCGUUCACCCGGGGAGGAAGCGCCUCAUUCGAGCGGCUUCUGUGUACCCUCGUCAGGCGUGCGACCACGGCCUGGGAUAGUAGCAGCAAGGGACCAGGGCCAUGCAACGGCUUCAAGCCUUGGGCGAUCGAGCAUUGCCGAGACACCAAGCAAGGCGCCAGCUGGCAAGACCUUUUCGUCGGACGCGGUACGCAGGAGAAUUUUUGCGACGCCGGCAAAGGCGGCGGAGCCGAAUGCGCAGGGCAGAAGGGAUGAGGGGGCGUUGCACAUUUUCGAGACGCCAGCCAAAGGUGUAGUAGGGAUGUCACUACCGGAAGAGACUAAAGCCGCGCCGGUAGGAGCUACGACAACGCCUUCAAAGUCUGUUUCCAGGCCGGCCAGUGAGGGCAGACCAGUCCCCUUCCUAGUGCGGGGGCGUGAUGAUGCGAGCGAGCCAUCAAUCUACGAUGAAUUGGGCUGGAACGAUGACGACGACGACGACGACAACGGGUUUGUAUAG